AAUAAAAUGGAUAAGUUUGAGACGAUAGAGGGUAGAUUGUUAUAUACUGUUUAUUGGAUGUAUAAAUAAAAGGAGAUUAGUCAAGAAUAGAGGGGAAGAAUAAAAGGUAGAGAGUGGGUUUAUGAUGAGAUUUGAUAGUGUAGUGGGAUCCUCAGAUAUAGGAGAUUAGUAAGGAUGGUUAGAGACUAAGACAGAACCUUCUCGAAUUGGCAUGUUCAUACUCAGAUAAUGCAGACUCGAAAUAAACCAAAGUGACGCCUCGAAGUCUGAAUCGUUUGAAUGUCAAGAUUGGUCAUAGUAACUUUAAGUUGACAAGUAAAUCUUACAGUUCAUUGUCUUCUCCUCUUGAUCAUCGCAAACCUUAAUUCAUAUGA